CUGCACCCUGCACACCAAAAAAAAACUCUUCUUUUGAUUCCUCUGUUUUCCCCUCUCCUCCAUUAAAUUUUCAGAAGAAGAUCAAGAUGAAUCGGAGAACCAACGGACCCAAGCUGGAGCUGAAACUGAACCUGUCGCCCCCGCGGGCCAGGGGCGGAGUGGAAUCGCCGAGCCGGGCCGCCACCGUGUCGCCGACGUCGUCGCCGCCGAGCUCGUGCGUGUCGUCGGAGGAGGGCGCGGCGGCGAGAUACUCGAACAGCCCGGAGGCGACGUCGAUGAUGCUUGUGGGCUGCCCGCGGUGCCUGAUGUACGUUAUGCUGGCGGAGGAGGACCCCAAAUGCCCCAAAUGUAAGAGCACCGUCCUUCUCGACGUCCUCCACGACAACGCGACACUCUCCUCCAGAAAAACUUAGACCAAACCAAACCAAAAACAAAAAAGAUGGAAAAAUUAUGGGAAGAGACCGCCACAGUUUAGACAUCUACAUCCAUGAUUAAUUUGGGAGAAUAGAUUUUGAAUCUUAAUGCUGGCGGACUUUGUUCGAUAACUUUUCGUGAGUGGAUUUGUGUUUGUUUUUCUUAUAAUUUUAUUUUAUGGAGGUGAGAUUGACCUGGAGGGAGAGAUUUAGAAAGGAGAAGAAAUUUGGAGUUUCUUUUUAUUCUCUUUUAUUUUUAGGGCUAAAGAAGAAUGUCUAGGAGUCAGCUUUUCUCUCCCUUCUUUUGGCACAAAGACUAUGUGACCAGUGGUUAACUGCAA